GAGACUUGGUCCACAGCGCCCCCUAGCUGUGGUCACACGGAGAGAAGGGAGGAGAAGCGUUUAGCGCUUAGCAGCUUUUUCAAACACAAACACAUUUCAAUAUCGAGCUCGGAGUCUCAUUUUCCUCCUGAGAAGCUGGGACGCAGGACGCGGACGUUAUUUACGUCCCUUUACCCCGGAUGUUGGCAGUGAAGGCGGCUGGAAGCAGCAGAAGCUGAGGGAGAAAAAGCUGAGGGAGAAAAGCGGCCUGUUUUGUUCCUGAUCUUCGGAGCCGCAGCUUCGCCGCCCGGUCCAACAAACCGCAGCUUUUCCGCUGUUUAUGUGCUGUUUUGCUGCUGAUUCGGACAUUUAAUGACAUGCAUUUUGUGCUGCUGCUUCACGGGCUUUGGGAGCGCUGAGAGAAAAAGCGGCCUGUUUUGUUUUGCAGCAGCAGCGGCGGCGGCGCCAUGAACAAUAACACACACCGAGUUUAACGAUCUGCUUCCGCUCUCCUGUGUGUGUGUGUGUGCGCGUGUGCGCGCGGGACAAACCUGGGCUAGAGUGUGUGUGUGUGUGUGUGUGUGUGUGUGUGUGAGAGAGAGAGAGAGUGAGUGAGUGUGUGUGAGAGUGAGUGUGUGUGAAGUGGACUACAGGAUCAGGAGAUCCGGCUCUUCCUGCGCGCUCCCAUGGACCUGUAAACAAAGUGUUUGUUCUGCACCACAUCUCGGAUGUGUUUGACACGUUACCGGAGCGCGUGCACUGCUUUUCUCCGGUGAUGAUUAUUUUUGCGUAUUUCCUGCCAUGGAAGCGCGAGCGCGCGUGCACGGCGUGUCGGCUGUAACGGCGGUGGACGUGCUGUGUGUGGAGGAGAGACGUUUCUGUGACGUCCCGCCGCACGUGUGAAGAUUUUAAUCUCGAACUGAGUGUGCAGACGUCUUGCAUUAAUUACGCGCUCGAGCACUGUGCGAUAAUUAACUGUGAGAACAGUUUGUGUGUGUGUGUGUGUGUGUGUGUGUGUGUGUGUGUGUGUCGGUCCUGACCCCCCUCCCUCCCCCCUGUGCGGACAUGAACCCAGUAAACGCCACGGCUCUGUACGUGUCCGCGUGCCGCUCGGUGCUGCGCUGCGACCCCCGGGACCCGCAGGCUUUAUCCGAGCUCUACAAGCUGCUGCCGUUCUUUAGACAGUCUCUGUCGUGUCUGGUGUGCGGGAAAUUGCUUCAGGAUCCGAUCGCUCCGACCAACUCCUCGUGCCAGCAUUACGUCUGCAAAGCGUGCAAAGGGAAGAAGAUGAUGAUGAAGCCGUCGUGCAGCUGGUGUAAAGACUAUGAGCAGUUCGAGGAGAACAAGCAGCUGUGUAUUCUGGUUGACUGUUACAGGAAGUUGUGCGAGUACAUUGUGGGUUCUCCUCUUGCUAGGCACAUUUCCAGUGAAGUGGACGGAGCUCCAGACAUUCUUGCUCUGCUGAAUGAGGGUCUCUUGUUGGACAAGACAGGAGAUGAGGGUUUCUUGCUGGAUCUGGCGCAACACUCUCCUGCUCCCUCGAGUUCGGACACACCUCCUGAUGAGCUCCAGUCCUCGUGCUCAUCGGAGAUCAAGCAGCAGCCACCAAGCCCGCUGGGAGUAAACGGCCUUCAGGAUUGUAACGGCUUGAGCAGCAUGGACGAGCUGACGACUGGCAUGCCCUCGCCUCACACCAGCGUGACUGUGGAGCUGAGCAGAGAUGUGGUGAAGCAGGAGAACUUCAGCAGUGAGAUUCCUGUGUGUGAGGCUGUAGCAGCAGCUGGAGAGGAGCUAUGUGCCUCCAGUAUGGAUAUGUGUGAAUUUGGAGAGGAUAUAAAACAUGCAGGUGGGACUCUCUUACUGAGCGUGGAGGAGGUUCUUAGGACUCUGGAGCCUGAUCCUGUUCCUCCAGUGGAGUGUUCUGCUAUUCUGCAGCCCAGCCUCGGGGCUUCAGGGAAUAUAAAUGGACCAUUUGGAUGUUCUGCUGCCUCAGCAGACACUUCUCGACCACUUCCCUCACUUCCCCUUGACUCUGCAGGGGUGUUAGCUCCACAUCAUCCUCAUCACAACCCUCAGCCGUCCACUGGAAUUUCCUGUUCAGCCGUAACUCCCAGAGUUCCACGCUCAAACCGCAAACGCUCACGUUCUGAAAGCGACAGCGAGAAGAUCCAGCCCCUGCCCAUCUCCACCAUCAUCAGAGGGCCGGCUCUCACCGCCUCAGUGCCAGUUCCUAUAAAGUGUGAACCUAAAGCUCCGACACUCGACACACCGAACAUGGCCGUUCCAAACGGUGGAGGACUUACCAAAGUGGGUAAAACCCUGAUUGUGCCCAAUAAACCCGUUAAGAAGAGUAUUGAGCAACAUGGACCUAAAAAGGCGUAUGCAAAGUCCAAACAGAGCGCCCCGAAAACGAAAGACAAGACAAAAGAGCGACUGGUGAAUAAUCCACUGGUGCCUGGGAGUCCGACCAAGGUGGUGUACAAGAAACCGCAGGAGAAGAAGGGCUGUAAAUGUGGCAGGGCCACUCAAAACCCAAGUGUUCUUACAUGUCGGGGUCAGCGCUGCCCCUGCUACUCCAACCGGAAGGCCUGUCUGGACUGCAUAUGCCGCGGCUGCCAGAACUCCUACAUGGCCAACGGCGAGAAGAAACUGGAGGCGUUUGCGGUGCCAGAGAAAGCUUUGGAGCAGACUAGGCUUACGCUGGGCAUCAACGUCACCAGCAUCGCUAUGAAGAACGCUGGCGGUAGCGGGACUCCCGGCACACUGAACGUCCCCUCGGCGACAGGUUCGCCAAUGUCAUCGUUCCUGGCGGCCGGGACUCACGAGGAUGAGGCGUUGGACAUGAGGUUUGACUGUUGAGCUGUGCACAAUGUUCUCGUUGUUGUGUGAACACAAAUUCCAGCCCGGCUCUUUCGCGUCCCGGAGACGAGCCAGCGGAGUCGUCAAUAAGGCAGCUACUGUGAUUCUUUUCCAGUUCAUGUUAUUGAAUUAGUCAUUGCUGAAGCCUGUGCCUAUAAAUCACUUGUAAGAUUUGUUUUCUAUUAUUUUAUUUGAUUGUCUUACACACUAUAGUGACGAGAGUCAUGUUACUGUAAGUUGAUGGAUUUCUGUUUUUUGCCCGUCCCUGAUGCCCACCCGCCCACACACAAUUU